AUGCUGGCACAAUUACUGCAGGCGCUAGAAUUUCUUCAUAGCAAUGGAAUUAUACAUCGCGACAUUACACCGCGUAAUAUUGGGAUGAAUCAGAAGGACUUUGCCAUCAAACUCCUUGAUUUUGGAUUGGCCAGAGAUAUCCUUUCCAACAACGACUAUACAAUCAACAAGGUCUUUGAGGAUGCGCUGGAGCCGCGAAUCGGUGAUAACAUCGGACCAUUGACAAAAAGCGACUUGCUCGACUUGUUAACACAAAUGCCAACGGUUGACAAAAUACAACGCCCCACGGCUAGCGAGUUGCUCGGCCAUGCCUUUCUACGCAUCAUUGAUCGGAAAUUGCGCGGCCGAGCUACACGGGCUGUCAAUACUCCCGAGGCCGAAAAUGCCUCUGCAUAUGCCGAGCUAACCAACACCGAAACCUUUCGCUGGAACCCAGGCAUCGAACUA